AUGCUCUACAGAUACCAUGAUGAUAUUAAAUGGCAAGAUGGUAAAGAAGAGGACCACAAGAAGAAUCUGAACGCUUUAAAGACAGAAGCAAAAAAUCAUCCUAUAGCUAAGCAGCAACCAGCUCAACUAGCUCCCCAGCAAGCUGCCAAACCUAAUACACAGGCCGCUCCGCAGGGUCCACCAGGACAAACCCAGGCUAAACCCGUAGAGUCUCCUGAAAAAGAAUCAACUGAAUCUAAGGAACUCUCUCAAGAUGCUACUACUCCAGUUCCUCAAUCGUCCGAACAUGUUAAUACUACUUUAGACAUUUCAAAGAGGGAGGAUACGAAUGUAGGCACACAUUAUUAUCAUUCUACUUAUGAAGGGCCUGUCCACGAUUUCAAACUCAAAAGUGCCACCGUGACUAAAGUUGUAGACGCUGGAGUUGUAAUUUGGGAAGCUCCAAAGGGUACUAACCACAAAUGUACAUGGGCACAAAUAACAGUAAAAAAUGGUAAAGAAACCUUGAGAUUAGAAAUUCAAACGGGCAAGGAAGAACAAUUAUGGUUUAGGAAGAGAGAUGGUAAAUGGAGAAAACUAGUUCUAGGGAGCAGCCCCCAAAAAUCUCCCAAUCCCACUUCAAAGUCUCAUACUAAUUAA